GGCUCGGCUCUAUGUAUCGGUCUUUGCAUCCUCGGCUCGCACACACCAAAGGGUGGCCAGACGCCAGAGUCGUGCGCAAGCCGGUAUCAUCAUGCGGCUGUGGUCAAGCCCGCACUCUCAUCACUGAGUCCCCUGCUAAUACAGUACUGCUCGCCCAAUAUGUGGCGCUGAAUGGGGUGCAUCACCGGUCGAUCCAGGCCAGGUUACCAUGCUGUGGCUGAUUGGCCCCGGAACUUCCCCAUCCCUUCUCUCGCCAACUUUGUGCAACUCCAUCUGAGCACUCCCUAUCGGGAAAUGCCUUUCGAGCUGCCGCGGCACUGGUGCUUUCUGCCAUCAAAGGUGACGGACGAUAUGCCAGAACUGAACUAACGACAUCCAUCCGCUCUGGUAUAAACUUGUCUUUUCCGCCACCAACAGCUCAUCAUCAAGUCGUACAGCAGCGCCCUGCAACCCUCCUGAUUAUCUUGUAGCAGUGUCACAAAACCCGAUCUGUGCCCUUGACCACCCCAGCUCCACCAUGGCCCUAAACGAGUCCGGAGUGAUCCGUCGUCCCAUAGACACGGAAGCGCAAGACAGCAAGCAGCAGCGCCAGAACUUCGAAACGGCUCUUUAUAAGGAGUGGCCCAAUCACGCCGGAUUUGAGCACCUCGACGAGCAUAGAGGCCCCGUGAAACUUCUUGUCAAGGGCAACAUUCCCUCUUUUGCUGCUGGAUCCCUGUACCGGACAGGACCAGGCCAGUCCGCCGUCGAAGACACUGCCCGUGGGACGCAUUAUGUGAGCCACUGGUUCGAUGGUUUCGCCCACACACACAAAUUCGACAUCCUCGCCCCGGAGGAGGAUGGUGGCGAUACCACCGUUAUUUACUCGUCUCGGCGUCAAUCAGAAGAGCAUGUCGCUGCCAUUAAAAAGAUUGGGUGGCGACACAGCACUUCGUUUGGCCAACGAGCAGACCCUUGCGUUGGCAGGUUUGCCAAGUUCAUGAGCUUCUUCAAACCCCACCAUGAGAACAACAGCGUCGUUGUCUUGACCAACGUGCCCGGUUUGCCAGAUAAGCGCCCCGAAAACACAACGACCGGUCACCGUACGGGGACUCGGAAUGUCUAUCUUAGCACGGACAACGACGCGCUGCAAGAGAUUGACCCCGACGCCCUUGAACCCCUUGGGUACACUAAGCAGGUGGCGCUUCACCCGGAUCUCAAAGGCCCGCUUUCGUGCGCUCAUGCCCAGAGAGAUCCCGAGACGGGCGACUAUUUCAACUUCAACAUCGAGGUCGGCCGCAAGACCACGUACCGCGUAUUCCGUGUCAACGCCGCGGUGGGCACCACAGACAUUUUAGCCGCCAUCACAGAGCCCGACUUGGCUCCAGCAUAUAUCCACAGCUUCUUCCUGACAGAGAACUACGUUGUCUUGUGCGUCCCUUCGUCUCACUAUGGAUGGAGUGGGCUGAAAAUUUUGUGGGAGAACAAUUUGCUCGAUGCCUUGAAGCCGUUUGACAAAUCGCGACGGUGCAAGUGGUUCGUGGUAGAUAGGCGGCAUGACAAAGGGGUUGUUGCCCGCUUCUCGACGCCGGCUGGCUUCUUUUUCCACUCCAUCAAUGCUUUCGAAAAAUGUGAGAAGGAUGAGACCGGACAGGAACGCACGGUUCUCAACAUGGACCUCACAAUGUACGAAACGACGGACAUAAUGCUCGGGCUCUACUACGAUGUCAUUCUCGACAGAAAAGACGCGGCAAAGGCCUAUUGGGAGAAGUGGGGUCACCAGAACUUGGCCACUCGGCAUGCCAGGGUCCGGUUCCCGAUGCCGACAUGCCCUCAGACGGAACAUGAAGGGGCUGCCGCCGAGGGAGAGGAGGUCCUUUCGAUUCCGAGCCCCCACUCCGGCGAGCUGUCGACGAUCCACCCGGGCAAGGCUGGGAAACCAUAUCGGUACGUCUACGGGGCAGGGUCGCGUGGGUUGAGUACGUUUAUGGACUCGAUCGUCAAGACGGAUCUGAAAACGCGCGAGGCGGUGUUGUGGAGCGGUCCGCCGGCGCACUCGCCAUGCGAGCCCAUCUUUGUACCACGUCCGGGCGGGGCGAGCGAGGACGACGGCGUCGUAUUGACGGUGGUCCUGGACGGUACGGCGCAGAGGUCGUAUCUACUGUGCUUGGACGCGGCCACGAUGGAAGAGGUUGGCAGAGCCGAAGCCGACUUUGCCAUUGGCAUUGGCUUCCACGGGCACCACGCGUCGGCACUAUAACGCGCCUCUCGACGGCGGCGCUGCGCGAGGUAGCAGUGCCUGUACGGCCCUUGAUUAGGUUGUUGAUAGAUUGAUACCAGGAUCGAGGUUGGAGGGGAAGCAGGUGUGGAAGGGGCCGGUUUUCUGUGCUCUCUUUGCCAGGCAGUCUUGCCAUCUCCUAUAGCUUUUUUGGAGCCCGUGUCAGUUUAAGCUUGCCCUCUGCAAAUAUAAUAC